AUGAAUUCGCAGCGGUGCCUAACGAAGACCCAAUUGGACAAUGGCAAAGCUUAUUCAGGGGGUGUCAAUGACAAAUUCCAGUGCGGUCAGGGCUCCAACGACGAUAUUCCAGUUACGACUUUAAUCAACUGUAACUGCAUCCGCAACAAAAAGAUUUCUUGGGUUGGAGCUGGCGGUCAAUUCUCCGUACUCGCCUCAGUCCAUGGGGAUAUUAAAAUUGGUGAAGACAUGGUUGGAAACAACAUCGUGAAGGCUGAGAAAUAG